UUAAUACGCUUUGCGUGAAAGUUCAUAUUAGCUGGUUUGCUAACCUGUAGCUAGUUGCAGUGCUAGCUGAUGAUAGCUAACGUUAGCUUGCCAGCUUUGUGCCUCCGGCGACGAAUUGAGUUGUCAAUCGCAUGCAAAGUCGCGUGAGCGGUUUUUACUUCUUCAACAGUAACGUUACGCGGCAGAGGCGUGAUAUGUCAGCAGCGCUGUUUGCCCGCCACCCUUUACGAUAUGUUGCUAUGUAGCUCUAGACGUUGCUAUGCCACCAUCAUCAUCAUCAUCGCCAUCAUCUAGCAACCGUUUUUUAUUUUUUUUAUUUAACGCUGUCUGCUCCGCAGGGACGUACGGGACCGUUUUCAAGGCUAAAAACAGAGAAACCCACGAAAUCGUGGCUUUGAAAAGGGUCCGGUUGGACGACGACGACGAGGGGGUGCCAAGUUCUGCUCUGAGAGAAAUCUGCCUUCUGAAGGAGCUGAAGCAUAAAAACAUUGUCAGACUACACGAUGUGUUGCACAGUGACAAGAAGUUAACCUUGGUGUUUGAAUAUUGUGAUCAGGAUUUGAAGAAGUAUUUUGACAGCUGCAAUGGAGAUCUAGAUCCUGAAACUGUGAAGUCGUUCAUGUACCAGCUGUUGAAAGGCCUCGCUUUCUGCCACAGCCGAAACGUUCUCCAUAGAGAUCUGAAGCCGCAGAAUCUGCUCAUAAACAGAAAUGGGGAGUUGAAGCUGGCCGACUUCGGGUUGGCUCGCGCCUUCGGCAUUCCCGUGAGGUGUUACUCAGCAGAGGUGGUGACUUUGUGGUACCGGCCUCCCGACGUGCUGUUUGGUGCGAAGCUUUAUUCUACCUCUAUUGACAUGUGGUCCGCUGGAUGCAUAUUUGCAGAGCUGGCGAAUGCUGGAAGGCCUUUAUUCCCCGGGAACGACGUGGACGACCAGUUGAAACGAAUCUUCAGAUUGUUGGGUACACCGACGGAGGAACAGUGGCAGACGAUGACGAAACUCCCCGAUUACAAGCCAUACCCCAUGUAUCCCGCCACCACCUCGCUGGUGAACGUGGUUCCCAAACUAAGUAGCACAGGACGGGAUCUACUACAGAACCUGUUAAAAUGUAACCCGGUCCAGAGGAUCUCAGCAGAAGAGGCCUUGCAGCACCCGUACUUUGCUGAUUUCUGCCCACCCUAAAGGUCCACUGACCCUCAGCCGCAAGAAUCAACCCCCCCUCGACUGGGUCGGGGGUCGUUAGGACCAGUCUCAACAAGGCAAACCCCUCACCGGCUUUUCACACACUCCCCUGCCUUUUAUUCUGUUGUGCCUCAUCGUGGAUCACAGUCCUGUCGGCGCUUUUUAAGUUGCAACCCUGUUUUUAAUUUGGUACUCGUACGGCUCCAAGUUAACUAGCUCUAUGUGUUGCAUUAAAUACAUUUUUAUCUUUAAAACGUCCCGUUAAUUGCUCCUGUUCUAGUCCAGAAAAUGACAAUUUUAUAUAUAUUGGCCCUAAAUGCAAAGCAUAAAUUUUUUUUAAAUGAAGAUAACUUAUAUCUAGUUAUUAAAUAAUUUAGAUAUGUAUAGGCAGACUGUAUCAUGGUUACACAAUUUCUCAAUCAUCUAAAACAUAUCUUUGGCAUUACCGUGUCACAGUUUGCGAUUAUUAGCCGCAGUACGUUCCGGUUCUGGUUUGGGUGCAUCGGACUCCUGGGGCAGCUCACGUUACCGUGUUGCUAUUUCAAAGCAAAAUUAAAUUAAUUGAUGUAUCAGUUUAAGAAUCACAAGUAAGGAUAUUAAUUUGAACAUUUUAAAGGCUUAAAUCAAUAUUUAAUUUUUUGGGGGAUUUAUUGGUUGUUGUUUUUGUGUCAUUAUUAUACAAGUCUGAUUUUCUAAAUUAUUUCCGGUAAAUUUUCCUGGAUGGAACGACUUUUAGAAUUACUGCAAUUAAACUGAAGUAAAUAUUGAUGAAUUAUUCACCGAUUGGAAACGAUUCUCCACAUAUACACAAAAUGUUAUGUUUCUGUACACAAAAUAAAACUUUUAGGAUGUUCAGCUGGUCUGCUUUCCACGGACUACAAAACAUUAACAUUAGUAAUUGGAGGUGGACCAGCUGAACGAUGUUUUCCCAGUAAUUGGUAUCAAAUAACAUAUUUAUAUCCAGGAGAUCAAUAGGUGAUUAGAGACCUGGAAAUUAAACUUGUCUCAUUUAUUCUUGGGCUUGUGGUGUUUCGCUCACCAAUAGGGCAACUCUUUGUCCCAUUCCCCUUUACACGAUUGUAUAAUAGCACGAGAAGCUAAUUUAUGAAUUUUUUUUCUUUCUCAGGCUUAUUAACUUCCCCUUUUUGUAUUUGUUGUGCACUUUGUAACUUUUAUUUGAAUAUGUUUAGUAUAUGAAAAUGAAAAUGUGGUGAACACUGACAGCUGGAUUAUCGCCGGUUUUCAAUACACGGGCCAAUCAAUAUACACACGUAUAUAUGCCAAUAACUAGUGGGCCAUUAGGGACACAUGGCUUUGUUUUUUAACAUCUGUAUCAUAACUACAGUCUUUUAGCUUUAUUGAAAUGCUUUUGUAAUUGGUAAAUUAGAGAUGAAAGAAUCCAGGUAAUCCAAUGAUAAUCUGUAUUUUCAUGAUUGUUUUGCACCAUUAGCUGUUUCCAUAGUUACUUAUUAUAUUAACAUUGUUAAGAGCUUGCAGUGUUAUUUUACUCCGGAUUGUUCAGAGCACUACUCGUCCCAUAAAAGGCUGCAUCAUGAGUUGUUUGAAGUCGCCGUGUUAAUAGGGAAAGGAUUUAUUUUCAUUUUGCUGAUGAUGUAACCAAGAUAAUGGAUGCAUGUAUUUAUUACUGAUGGAAUGUGCCCAUUUGUUUUUGCAUUCGUUUAAAGGGUCGCACAGCUUCAUUCGGUACAGAAACUCUGCUUUUGAGUGAUUUAAUGUGACUGAGAUCUAAAGCAUUUCGCAGGCUCUUUUCAGGAUUUAAAAUGUUUGAAGGUUGUGUGUGUGUGUGGAUUAAGUUAUAAUGAUAAAAACAAGGCAUUUGC